AUGGCAAGACUCAAAGCGGAAAUCACCUCUUUUGAAAAAAAUGGAAGCGAAUCUCUGUACGAGGCUUGGGAACGAUUCAAAGGAUUACUCAGGAAGUGUCCUCAACAUGGAAUUGAAGCAUGGGAGAAAGCAAGAAUCUUUUUCCAAGGAAUGACACCCAAUACAAGAACACAGGUAAAUGCUGCUGCAGGGGGCUCCUUGAAAACAAAAACUCCAGAGGAAGCACUAGAAUUGUUGGAAUCCUUAGCUUCUCAAGAAUUUGACAAUGCCCCAGUUGCACAAAGGAGAGCAGGAAUUAUGAAGCUUGAUGUCUAUGAUGCAAUCUUAGCCCAAAAUGAACAAAUGCUGCAAAUGCACAAGAAACAACAAGAACAAUUAGAUGCUCUUACUAAACAAUUUAAUUAUUCUCAAGUUUAUUCUGUUAGUAAUUCUCAAAUUAAAUGUGGUAUUUGUGCAGAGGCUCAUGCGACGGAAGAUUGUGACUACAUAAGAACAACUGAAAAGCCAUCAGCAGAGGCCAAUGGAAUCUGGUACGAUCAUAAGAAUCAGAAUCAACAUCCAGGGUUGAGUUACAAAUCCAACCAUCAGCUCAAUCCUCCCCUUCCAGUGCAACCACAUACCCCACAACAAAGUAACACUUCUGAGUGGGAGAAAGCUUUUGCACAACUGUGCAAGACCACUUCUGAUUAUAUUCAAGGUGCAAAUGCUUUUAGAGAGGACACAUUUUCUUUCAUGCAAAAGACUAGAGCAGCACACCGGAAUCAAGAAGCUUCCAUAAGAAAUCUGGAAAUUCAGAUUGGCCAGUUGUCGAAGCAAUUUUCUGAGAGAGCUCAGGGUACUUUUCCAAGCAACACAAUUGUCAAUCCAAGGGAGCAUUGCAAUUCUAUCACCACUAGGAGUGGGACAGAGAAGAAGAAAGCUCUAGAAAGACAGAACAAGCCAUUGGAACUCUCCCCAUAUGCUCGAAUCCUUUAUCCUCAGAGAUUAAAGAAAGAUAUUCAGAAGCAGCAGUAUUCAAAGUUUCUAGACAUAUUCAGAAGGUUGCAGAUCAACAUUCCUUUUGUGGAAGCUUUAGAAAACAUGCCCAACUAUGCAAGGUUCAUGAAGGAUCUAUUAUCAAGGAAGCGUAAGUUGCAGGAAUGUGAGACGGUGAAUCUGACAGAGGAAUGUAAUGCUAUCAUCCAAAAGAAGUUACCUACCAAAGUCAAGGAUCCAGGGAGCUUCAGCAUUCCAUGCACUAUAGACAAAGUGGAAGUGGACAAUGUUUUAUGUGAUCUUGGAGCUAGCAUCAAUGUCAUGCCACUCUUCAUGAUGAAAAAGUUGGGGAUUACUGAAGUUAAGCCCACAAAGACGAUAGUGCAAUUGGCUGACCACUCUUCAAAGCAAGCUUAUGGCAUCAUUGAGGAGAUAUUGGUAAAGGUAGACAAAUUCAUCAUUCCUGUUGAUUUUGUCAUCCUUGACAUUGAAGAAGAUGCCACAGUUCCUAUGAUUUUUGGAAGACCCUUCUUGGCAACUUCAGGAGCACUGAUUGAUGUACUUAAAGGUGAGUUAAUCUUACGGGUAGACGGAGAGCAAGCAAUUUUCAAAUUCUUUGACAAAGAAAUCCCCUCAUCCGUAGCUCAACCGGAAGAUCAAGUCUACUUUAUUAGUGAAAAGGAAGGUGAAGAAGAACACAAUGAGGAGUCCUCUCAAGAAAGUAAGCCAAAAGUUAAGAUGGAAAAGCCGAGGAGCAAAGGAAAGCAUGUAAAAGUAAAGUUCAAAGUUCCUGAGACUCCUUUACUUCAUCCGUAUGCAGAAGAGCACUAUGGUAGGACACAAUUUCUGAAUGAUGGAGCUUGGACAUCACCAAGCUUGUGCUUUGAGCCACCAUGA